AUGGCGGCGGCUCGAGGGCAGAAGGCGCUGGGGGCUCUGCCGCAGCUGGUGAAGUCGCUGCGGAGUGACCCCGUCUCCGGCAGCGCACGGCUCAGGCACCUUCCGUCUCUCAGGAGGACCUUCUCGUUGUACGACCAGAUCAACCUCAUCGACAGCGUCCCCGAAGACGAGCUCCGAUUCCAGUCGUAUGAUGACACUGGAUUCAAAAUUAACAAUGUAAAAUAUGAAGGCAGCUUAUUGAUUGUAGAGAACAAGAUAAUGACAUGGGCACCCAAAACGUUCUCAGAGAUAACUGCUGAAAGCUUAUCAAUCUUCAAAGUUGUGCACCCUAUCCCAGAGAUCUUGAUUCUUGGUUGUGGAAGACACAUCCAGCUGGUCAGUCCUGAGCUGCGAAAGUUCAUCCGGUCAACUGGAAUGAAACUAGAAGCUGUCGAUUCAAGGAAUGCGGCUUCAACAUAUAAUAUCCUGAACGAGGAGAGCAGGCCGGUGGCAGCUGCAGUUCUUCCCUAUGGAGUCACUUGUUAA